AUGUGUGGAAUCGUUGGCUACGUGAACUACAAAUUAAACAGAAGUCGGAAGUACGUCAUAACAACACUGUUGGAUGGUCUUGCCAGACUGGACUAUCGCGGCUACGACUCUACAGGCUUGCUGGUCGAUGGGGACGAGACAGACAAAGUUCUACCCUACAAGAUCAUCGGCAAAGUCGCUGCUCUCAAACAGCUGAUCAACGAUGAAGACGUGGACCUCAAGAAGGUAUAUACAACACACGCAGGAAUAGCGCAUACGCGCUGGGCGGCCAACGGCGUUGCUACGCUACAGAACUGUCACCCUCUUCGAUCUGAUGUAAGCUGGCGAUUUGCUAUCGUUCAUAACGGAAUAGUUACGAACUACAAGAAAUUACGCACACAACUUGCCUCGGAGCCAUACCAGUGGGAGGGUGAAACAGACACCGAAGUUGCUGUAAAGCUUGCAAUGCAUCUUUACGAUCAAAAUGCAGGCAUUGGCUUUGCUGAGCUAGCUUGUACACUGGCCAAUAAGCUUGAAGGUGCAUUCAGCCUUCUGUUGAAGUCAGUUCACUAUCCUGGCGAGCUAAUUGCCAUCAAGAAGGGAUCGCCACUGGUUAUAGGCAUCACGUCUCAAGAUACGCAGCAGAUGAGUUCACUGCCCGUCUCCUAUCACCCUCAAAGGUUCGUCCAGAACGGCGAAGCGAUCAUCAACAGCGCGAAUAGUACCCACAGCGUCAACGGCACUUCGGUUUCCGAACCUUCGCCCAUGUGGGCUCACGAAUACUUCUUCGCGUCGGAUCCGUCUGCUAUCGCUGAACAUACGAAGCGAAUGGUGUUUAUGGAGGACUGCGAUAUUGCACAUGUGCAUUACGGUCUCCUGGACAUUUACAGCAUCGGUAGUCCCGACGAAGCAGGCUACGGGCGACCUGUUCAGACGUUUGAUCACCUUGACGGCAGCAUCCCAAGCAAAGGCACCUAUGCACAUUAUAUGCAGAAGGAGAUUUACGAGCAACCGGAGAUCAUUGAAGCCGCUCUAAAGGACCGACUUGAUGUCGAGUCGGGGAAAAUAGACUUUCAAGGUCUCGGUCAACACAUGGACAGAAUUCGCACUUGCUCCAAAAUUAGUUUCAUCGCCUGUGGAAGCAGCUACUAUGCCUGCUUAGCGAUGCAAGAGCUGUUCGAAACGUUGACGAAUGUCACUGUCUCGAUCGACAUUGCCUCGAGCUUCCUUGACAAAUUGUCACAUAUCUCGGCCGAUGUCGCUUACGUCUUUGUCUCUCAGUCUGGAGAAACUGCGGAGUGUCUGACGGCACUACAGUAUUGCCAGAAGCGUGGUGGAUUUACAAUCGGCAUUGUCAAUGUGGUAGACUCUUCGAUCGCUCGUCUGACGCAUUGCGGGCUGUACAUCAACGCCGGUGUCGAGAUUGGUGUUGCCACUACAAAGGCAUACACUUCUCAACUGGUGCAUCUUGUACUGCUUGCUCUGGCUUUGGGUGCAGGCAAUGACUCGACACAUGAUCGACGCAGAGAAAUCACCAAGGGCCUGCAACGUCUACCGGAACAGAUGCGACGGAUUCUAACACUGGAUAGCAGCAUCAAAGAGCUCUGUGAGACGAAGCUGAUGCAUAAAGCAAACAUGCUCGUGCUCGGAAGAGGGUACCAAUACGCUACCGCCCUUGAAGCGUCGCUAAAGAUCAAGGAAGUAGCAUACAUCCACUGCGAAGCUGUGCUUACGGGCGAGUUGAAGCACGGCGUACUUGCACUUGUGGACGAUAACUUUUCAGUAGUCAUGAUUGCUACAAGAGACAGAAGUUUUGAGCGCAGUCUCAAUGGAUAUGAGCAACUACUUUCUCAUGGGGGAGACCCAAUCAUAUUAUGUCAGGAAGGCGAGACAGCUUUCAACAUCAGUAACGGACAUUGCAUCGAAGUAUUAGAGACGGUAGAUUGUCUGCAGUCAGUCUUGAACAUCAUCCCGCUUCAGCUUAUGUCAUACUGGCUGGGAGUAUUGAGAAACAACAGCGUCGACUUCCCUCGCCAUGUUGCAAAGUCUGUCACGGUUGAGUAG